GCAUUCCCCAAGAUGCGAGACGCUGACUGCCUUCUAUCCUUUCGUCCCGAGCAACAGCACAACUGGCCCCGCGCGGCACUGUCCGAAGCUUGUACAGUCUCCCCUGACUCUUCAGCCUGAUCACUUCACGAGACUGGCCACCACAGGGCCGAGAAAUGAGGCUCAUCAAUACCCAGAGCCUCGAACUAGAGGAGUUUAUAGGGGGAACUGUCCCGCCCUACAUGAUUCUUUCCCACACCUGGGCCGAGAACAAUGACGAUGAAGUCUCAUUUCAAGACAUGGGUUCACCCAGCCGCGUGUUCAAACCGGGCUACGAGAAAAUCACUCACGCUUGCCACCUCGCAUCCGAUCAAAAUGUCGGCCACGUCUGGAUCGAUACCUGCUGUAUCGACAAGUCCAGCAGUGCGGAACUCACCGAGUCCAUCAACUCGAUGUUUCAGUACUACCGGAGGGCCGUCUCGUGCCUUGCCUACCUGGAAGAUCUGGGCCCGAGCGAUGACUCGCUCCCGGAGUGUCGCUGGAUGACUCGUGGAUGGACACUUCAAGAGCUGAUAGCGCCAAAACACGUCGAAUUCUACGACAAGAACUGGCGGCACCGAGGCACGAAACUCGACUUCGCAAAGGCGAUAUCCGAAGGCGCCAACAUCCCAGGGCCGGUCCUGUCGGGGGACAAGAAGCUCGAAAGCUGCAGUGUGGCUGAGCGGAUGUCUUGGGCGGCCGAGCGGAAAACCACCCGGGUCGAAGACAUGGCGUACUGCCUGCUGGGCAUCUUCGACGUCAACAUGUCGUUGAUCUACGGCGAAGGCCCCAAAGCUUUCAGGCGCCUGCAAGAAGAGAUCAUCAAGCGGAACAACGACCCGACCAUUCUGGCAUGGGGCGUGUCAUCGCCGCACUACGGCUCGGUCUCGGGCGUACUGGCCGAUUCGCCAGCCGUGUUCAAGGACAGUUCAUGGAUUGUCCCCAACGACGCGGAUUUCCCAGAGUUCUCAAUCACCAACAAGGGCCUCUUGAUGUCGUCCAGGUCCAAUCUGAUGUUUGCCGCCCGCCCAAAGCUCCCCGGGGCUGAAUAUGACGAAGAUCUCGAACGCCAUGAUCUGAUUGUCAUGUAUUUCCUUGUCCUCGGCAAAGGUACUGAAGAAGAUUCCGUGAGUGGGAUCUGCUUGCGCAAGGUCGGGUCGGAAACUUUUCAUCGCGAGGGUCAAGUCGUGGUGGUUCCAACCUUUGCUGAUCCAUCCCUUUACUCCCACCGGAACUGGCCCGAACUCCAGAACUUUUACAUCCUCAUCGAUAUCAGCGUCAAUCUGCCGGAUGCCCUGGCCGCCCCGAGGAGAGAGGCAAUUCACGUGCCAGACGCUGCUGACCUGCAUUCUCCUCAGCUUGAGUGGAGUGCGCCUGAGCGUUUGUGGGAUAUGACCGACAACGUCUUUUUGAGGACGUAUUCGUUGUCCUAUCCCCGGUUUUCAUUGGUUCUGGCAUUGUGGUUUCAAAUGCAGGUGCAGGAGACAGAGCUCAAGUUUAUCGUCCUAUGCGAGUACACCGGCCAAGGUCCUUCGUGCAAGCUGCUGAACGUGACGGACAGCUUCGACGCGUCGUUGAAGACUCUGCUCAUGCAAGCGCGAAGUUAUCAAGACUGGCUGUCUUGGGAAGCCCUGAGCGCCCAGGCGCCCGUGAUCAACACGCUGACCCGUCACGAGUCCUUUCGUGUGGCGGACGGAUCAAUCUCGAUUGCAGCCCGGUUUGAGAAAACCGCCGUCAAGCUCCACGCUACACAGGCCGAAGUCUACAGCCUCAAGUUCGAGGUCAAACACAAAGGGAGGAACGAUGUCAUUGCCAAAGCGCUGCCCAGAGACAGCCUGCCAAGUGAGACAGCGAAGGCGCCCAUUCGGUCAUGGGUCCGUUCUACGUUGUCCACCUUGCGUAGAGCCCCGAAAUCUUGAGCUGCGAGGAGAGUCUGAGAUGAUCCUACAAACGGAGCUGCCCCCUUGAGGGCAGAGCCUACGCUCCCUGAGCGGUCACUGACUCCGCCCCCCUUUGGAGACGGCAAGGGAACCGAAAAGGUAGAAUUACAACUGACUAUUCCUCGUCUUCUCCCUCCUCUGCCGCAGAACCACACUGUCGACUCGCCUCCCAGAGCCCGAACUCAGAUCCCACUCAGAAGAAGGAACGAAAACCAGUCCUGCCUUGUUACAGACAAGAUGGAUCUGAAGGGAUUUGAGGUGCGGUCUAAGGAAUGAAAUUCCACCACAUUUGUCGGACGUCUCAUCACUUGUGUCUAUCAGGAAGCGCUGCUCCCUGUGGCAUCUCUCCCGGGACAAUGCCUCGGAGGCGAAUGCUGGCCCUGACCGAGGCUCCACCACCAACGUCGAAUUUCUGCUGGAGGGUCUUGUCGGGCGCCUCCGCCACACUCGCAAACGGGAUGUCGACGGCUCCGAUCUCCUUCUCGCCGUUCAGAAGCGCGAUGCGGAAGUCGUCCGGGCUGCUGCCUACUAGAUCGGUGGUGAUGGGGAGUCGGAACGCCUGGUCGAAGGCAGGAUUGCUGAUGUCGGUGCCGGGCGCGUCGGUCUUGACGGCGGUCUGGAAUCGGUGGGCCGUGCCCCACGUCACGACCACGCUCGGCUUCAGGUCUUCGCGCGGGCCCUUGAUGCCGAAGGCGCUUGCGACGAGGAUGGUGGCCAUCCCGGAGAGGCGGCCGUCGCCCUUGUGGUCGGACGCGGUGAGGCUCCCGGCGUCGGCCACGUACUUGAAGAAUGCGCACGAGAUCGCGACCCUGCCGUCCGUUUCCUCGCCUUUGUGAACCAGAGGCAGUUCUUGGCUGCCUCCAGCCACCAGAAUCUCGCGGACGGUGGUCACCGCCAGACCAACUUCAUCAUCUCCGUUGACGUCUUCGUCCAGCACGUCCACCUUGAUGCACUGGUCGAAAUCACUCACCACAAAGUCGUGCGUCUCGUUCCACGACGGCCUGUUCGUGUUGUUCCUGGUGGCCGUCUUCCACGACUCCUCCCCGCCCACGUCGACCUUGGCAUAGCAGUCAGGAGCGGCACGAGUCAGCUUGUUGAACAACUUUCGCGUGGACGACUUGGCCUCCUCUCCAAAGCCCCACGCCUUCUCCACGGUCACCCGCACCAUGCCAAGUGGGUAGUGGUACGUUUUGAAGUAGUCGGCGUUGGCGUCGAGCUUGACCAGGAAUCGGUUGGGGAGUGUGAACAUGGAGUUGAUGAUGCCGAGAAUCACGCUGCGGACGGUGUCGUCGAUGAGGGAGAAAUCGGCCACGUUGGCCGCGCCCGUGAAAUCAAGCUUCAGAACUGGUGGGUUGAUGAAUGAGAUCUGGGCGGCUCCGAUCUGCCAUUGAGUGUCAAUAGGAGGGGGAGAGGGCGGCAGUGGGCCGAAGAUCUGCGUACCAGUGGUAUGACAUUUGUGAGAGGGCAUAGCAGUAUGGAGAGCCUGCCAUGAAGCUGCACGCUUUUGACGCCCUAGAUUUUAAAUCAACGGAACAGUCACCCUAGUUUGGUCGCGGAAGCCGGCCACUCACGAGGGCAGGGAUCAUGUCUGCGUCCAUUUCAAUGUCGGCCUUGCCCACCCAGUCGACGUUCAGGUCGAGCUUGAUGCCGUGUUCCUCGCUCUUGGUGGUCUUCGCGUUCGACAGCCGCAGCGGGACCGGGCCGAGAUCGAUCUUGGUGAAGUGCAGGGUGGCCAGGGGCCCCGGCAGUAUCGUCUUGAACAUGGGCUCCACGAUCUCCUUGACCAUCUUGCUGCCCGCGGCGUUGAUAUUGGGCCACAGCUGCUUGACGAUGUCGUUCAAGAACUCUGUCUGCAGCUUAGGGCACCGGCCUCACAAACCCCCAAAUGCAGCUUUCCAUAUGGCUCUUACCUGCGGAUUCACCGCCCCCUUCGGCAGUCAGCUUUUCGACGAGGCCCGACAUGGUUCUUGCAACUGCGCUGUUAAUUGACGGUUAGAACUAGGUAUUCAGA